AUGAAGCUCUCCCCGCGCUGUCCAUCAUCUCAGACUGAGAUUCAGGCGGCGCUUUCUCGCAUGACGCUGAUCAAGGUGCCGUCGCCGGACAUGGACAACAAGUACGAUAUCCAUACUAUCGAGCUGAAGCGGCCCAGCACACUCAAGAAGCUGUCCAAAAAGAUCUACAAGAAGACGAAGGAUUCGUGGGGUCACUUAACUAGCAAGAUCGUGGACCUGGUCAAGCGCGACAAAGUCGAUCACGAAGCCUUCAUCGGUGGAACGUCGACUCACUACACCAUUCCGCCGCCCGACUUAGGCCCACAUGACAUGUAUGAAGGCGCAGAAGCCACGCUCGCUUCGACCGAAUCUUUGGACGCAGAGCUCGAACUGCCACUAUCGUCGGCUGCUCGCCAUUCAUCCCGCUCAACGGCCUCCAACGAAUCUCACUCGCAGCAAUACUACCCGCUGUCGUCAACGUCCACGGCUCUCGAACCAGACUCGGCGGAAGCCGCGUCCACUAGCUAUCCCGGUCGGACUGUUUCGCUUUCUAUAGAGAAAGAUGCCGCAGGCAACAAACGGUUCUCAUCAGAUAUACCAGACACCAAGCAACUACCCAAGUCCCCAUAUCUUCAUCCACAUCAGCAGCGAGAUCUAAAGCGCAAGCGCUCAGAUGCUUCCACAGACAAGAAAGAGUACAAGAAGAAUUCGCUAAAUAUUAAGAAACUCUUUUCCAAUCUGGCAGCCAAAUUUAAGAUCUGCUGGGGUCGGAGCAACGAAGACGAGGGCUAUUACACGGGCAAGGAUAAAAUCGCCCCGCCUGCCGACCGAAGCGACUGGGAAGUCAUCCGUAAUAUCCCCGAUGAUACUCUGCGUUCUCUACUGCUUCAAUUCACAGAUCCUACCGGCAAGCUUCCGCUCGAACACACGCGCGUUCUCGGCCGCACUGAAGGCAGCUAUCACCAUGUCGUCUUUCUUGGGCUCCUCCGGAACCGAAACGUUGAAGAAUACGUCAUUCGUAUUCCAGCUCAUGGUACUGUCGCCUUCUGGGGCAGAGAAGAUAUCUACAUGAUGGAUCGAGAGGUCAAGUUGAUGGUGUACCUCUACCACCACACCAAGGUGCCAGUCGCCGAAGUCUUGGCCUGUAAUACGAUGAUCGGUGACCUCGCUGAUUUCCCAUUCAUCUUGAUGCGGAAGUUACCAGGUAAUUCUGCGUUCGACGUUUGGUACGACAAUUCCUAUGACCCUGUGUGGGCGUUUCGAAACGCGGAUUGCCCCGGCGAGCAAACCGAGAAGAAGCGCAUCAACUUCCUUCGCUCACUCGCUACCGUGCUGAGCGAUCUUCGCGAUAUCAAGUUCGACGAGAUUGGCAUCCCAAACAUUGUCCAGCCUUACCUUCCUAUGGGAAAGGAUCCCACUGAAGUUGGUCCAGCUUACCACUGGCUCUCCAUGACCAACCCGAAUGAAUUGACUACACGCCCUACAUUCAAGUCUACUCGAGAGUACGUAAUGACAGCCUUGAACGAAGACUAUCCGGUGGACGGGCUUGAAGUCAAGGAUGACGAUGACUUCAAGAAACUUGGAGUCCGCAAGGUCCUUGACAUUGUUUUCUCACACCCCGUCUUCAACCCAACGGAUAAGGAGACCUUUACUAUCCGCCACAAUGAUCUUGAUCUGCAGAAUAUACUGACCGACGAGGACGGCAACGUCACCGGCAUCAUCGACUGGGACGGUUCAUUCGCCGCACCUCGCUGCGUUGGUAUGGCCGCUGUCCCUAUGUUCCUACGUCGCGAUUGGUUCAACGAAACUGUCAAUAGCUUAAGCGUAUCCCCGCAUAUGGCCUGGAAGACACCGUACUACCGCGACAUUUAUGCUACUGCGAUGUACGAGCGCGGCAACCCCGACGCUAAGUAUACCGCCAAAUCCGCCAUCUAUCAGGCUGCUGUUUGCGCCUUGUAUGAGGGCGGUGAUGUACACGACUUCGUCGACAAGCUCUUGCGCUCCAUUCCCAACUUCCGCCUCGAUCCCUACGAAUUCAAGGUCGCGCUCGGCAUGGGCUGGCCUGCAGCCGAGGAAAUGCUUAAGGUGGAAAUUGGAAAGAUUCUGGAGCCAGGUAUGCCGACAAACAGCGACCUGUGGGAGACUUAUAUCAAUUGCGCUACCUCGGUCGACUGA